GGAAACCGCUCCUGCGAGGAGGAGGAAGAAGGAGGUCUGCUUGGAGAGGUUGCGAGUGAGCAUCAUUAUGUCCAAGCCCAUCGAUUACUCCGAGUGGGAUCAUCUUGAUGACAGCAGCGAUGAAGACGAUGAAGCACCACCUUCCCCUGGGGCUCUCGCGGCUGCCUUGUCCGGCAUGGACAUCACACCUUUCCCAUCUACAUCCACAAGUGCCGCGGAGCGUCCUGCGUCUGUUUCGGCAUCGUCCUCUCGCGUCAAAGGAGGAUAUGGUGUUGGCCGGGUCGAGCAAUGGAUUCGGGCGCGGCUGUCAGUGUGCCUGGCUCGUUCGGUGUCUGCGUGUCUGCGGCGGCCCAGGAGGAAGGGCCGGUGGCAUUGGUUGUAUCAGAGGGGGCGUUGGGGUGAUGGGGCAGGGAUGUUCGUGCCUGGGGAGCCUCUCAUUUUCUGAGGGUGCCCCCCUGUGAGUAGGCGUGUGGGGAUAGUGUGUGUUGAUUGGCCUGGUUGCUUGUCAGUCUGGUUGGUAGUCUGUCUGCCUAUCUGUCUGUCAGUCCGCAUGUCUGUCCACUGCAUUCGCGUGUGCUGCUCAUGAGCAUUGUUUGUCCAUUUGAGUGUCUGUAGCUCGUUAUCAUUGCAUUGCGAUCGACUGUUCAUGUUUGUCCGUGCCGUGGACCAACGCGUGUGUGGCCCCCGGCGCAUCGUUACACAUCAAUCAAUGAUGGUAAGCGGCUGCCUCUGAUGCACAGAUGCAUGUCUCAUCCAUUUGCAGGUCAUCGGCCCCUCUUGGAAAGCCAAAGGCAUCACGACCGGCAUUUUGAUGGCCAGAUACCCCGUCGUCGGUGCAUGAAUGUGUCACUCAGGCGCCCCGAGCUCAUGGAGAAGGGAACGACACAGGCCAUCUUGCGACCUUAUGUCAUCGCCAACUACGCCGGCCCGGGCGUCGAGGGGAAGACCAUCAGCAAGGCCAUGCAGCGCGAGUUCCAGGUCUCUGAAGACGCCCGCGGAAAUGUCAGGGUCUUGAUCACCAACAGUGCCAGAGAAGAGGUGCGGCCGGUCGCGACAGUGCAGCUGUGGCUCGCGAGACACGGGUGGCUGAUAUUGCACCCCGAUAGUGACGAUGCCAAGGAGAUCCUCGCUGAGAUGAAGAGAGAGCUAGAGAGAGAGAGAGAAGCAGAGGGCGUUGGCACAGACACACGAGGAUGAGGAAAUGUCAUCGGCAGAGGGAGAGGGAGGCGAUGACACUGAUGAGGACAUGUCCCCUCCGGAGGGAGAGAAAGGCGAUGACGAUGAGGUGAUGGAGACAUCCGAGCCACUGAAAGAGUACAUUCGGGAGGUGCGGAUGGGGAACUACGGCUAUUACCUCGAGGACAUCGAGGUCAUAGACCUGGAGAGUCUGUAGCCGUAGAAUUUUUAUGUCUGUCUGUCUGACGUUAAUUAAUGCGUGUGGGUGUGGACGAGUGGUCGGACAUUGAGGCCGAUGAGGACGACGAGACGAUUCCUGACAUUUCAGACGACUGGGAGACCUUCUACGACGUUGAGGAGCUGAGCAGGCUGACCUCCUGACCGGUCGAAUUCUCUUUUUCUUUCGAUGGCUGCCUUUUUUGCUUUUCCUUUUUUCUUUUUCC